AUGCCCAUACUCGCCGAGAAUUACCAGUUUUUCUUCUUCCCAGGACAGUCUGCUAUCAAGACACUUUUAAUCAUUCAAACAGCCCCUCGGUUCAUCAAUAUGCUUUCCCAAACCACCAUUGCCCUGGGCCUCCUCUUGGCUGGAGCUUCUGCUCAACAAGCUGCCAACUGUGAAUACCAGUCAUUCAAGUGCGGCUCCGUGCUACUUGCUGCGCCCUUCACCUACACCACGGCCCAGCUCACUGCCGCUGUGAACGACACCGGCUCCAUCCCUGCACUGACCACUGCCCAGCUUUCCCAGAGCCUGUUCCACUGCACCGAUAUCCUGGGCGCCAUUACUGGAAAUUCUUACUGCUUCGCUGGCUGUGACUCAAAGCCCGGUUCUCGUAACGACCAGUGCAUCUUGUAA